AAAAAAGCACAGCAAUGAUCCAGAAGGUUUAAUCCUCACCCUUUUUGUGAUGGAGCUGAAGGUCUGGGUGGAUGGAGUCCAGCGGGUGGUGUGUGGCGUUUCGGAUCAAACGACAUGCCAGGAAGUCGUCAUAGCACUGGCACGGGCCAUUGGUCAAACAGGUCGCUAUGUUCUCAUCCAAAGACUACGCGAAAAGGAGAGACAGCUUCUCCCACACGAAUGUCCUGUAGAGUCUCUAUCCAAGUGUGGCCAGUAUGCCCAGGAUGUGCAAUUUAUAUUGCAACGUACUGGUCCCAGCCUCAUAGAGAGGCCUUCUUCAGACAGUGCCCCCCAGGCACCUGAGAGGACGUUUGUCAGGGCUAGCUUGCCUAUUAAACCUAGACCACUCAGCACAGAAGUACCUAGAGCCAGGCAACCCAAAAAAUCUUUAACCUUCAACUUGGGUCCUGUGAGUUCAAGCGAUGCAUGUGCCAAGAACAAGGUGAGGCAGCACAAAAAGGACCUGGCAUGUGUGAGAGGUGGAGCCAGUGGGGGGUUGCUUUCCAAAGAGGAACUAUUCAAGACUGUCCUACACCAACAGGAGCAUCUCUGCACCCUGGAGAUGCAGGGUGAUGCCUUGGAAAUGGACAUCAGGCAUUGGGAAUGCAGCCAAGGCUCUUACCGGGAGGGUGAGAUCCUGCAGCUGGAGCAGCUGAUCCAGCAAAAUGAGAGCCAGCUGAGUGAGGAAGAAUUUUGGCAGAGUGAACUACAGUCGGAAAAGGAACAUGAAAGGGAGCGGCGGGAGAAAGUGCACAGCCUGAGGGCCACAAUGGAGGAGUACACAAAAAAAAUCCAUGAGCUUAUGGUGAAAACAGAGACCUUGGAAAGAGAAAUCCAGUGGGAAAUUGCUGAGAGGGCCAAGAGGGCCAAGGAAACUCCUAUCCAGAGUCCUACUGAGCUAGAGGGGAUGGCAGCUAAAAUGAAAAGGGACCUGGAAGCCAAGGCCAAGCAAAGUACCCAGCUGGAGAGCAGCCUGGAGACAGUGGGGAAGGCCUUGGAGGAAGCUGAGCACAGCUUGCAGGCCCAGAACCAAGAGCUGGAGGAACUGAAUAAGGAACUGAGGCAAUGUAAUUUACAGCAAUUCAUCCAGCAAACAGGAGCCAUGGUGACUACUCCACAGGCCAGAUCAGAGGCGGAAUCCCAGCUGGAUCAAAUUAACCAUGAGUUGCCCACUUACCAGAGAAAUGGAGAUUUGCCUGAACUCAGCAGAAACUCACCUCCCAAAGCCGCCAAGCAGUUCCUCGGCAAUCCACGGAACCUGCAAAAUCCCCUGGUGUCCAGCUUGAACCCUGAGGUCGUAUCAGCAAAGCAGAGCAUCUGGAGGUAAAAAGGCCAGCCAAAGAGGACUGAUUGUUUUGUGAAUAUAACUAUAUACAGAUAAAACUCUUAUUUCAUAUAUGUAUAUUUGCCUUCUUAUCUUGAAUAGAUGGAUAUAGAUGGUUGUGCAAAAUAUUUUUACAGGCUUUUUUAAGUAAAAAAAAACUUUGGAGGAAACAGACUGCUUGUAUUUUUAGAAAAACUGCUCGUUAUAAUUUCAACUGAAAAAACUGGAACAGAUUUGCGGAAAAUGUGUAUAAGAGUCCAUCCUAUGACGAUGCUUAGGACUGAAUAGCAACUGGCUAUAAACCAUGCUGGAACUAACUGUUCAGAGCAGAGAACGGCAAAUCUCUAGGUCCAUUCAGACUGCAAGCUACUGCCCAACAAGGAAGGUAUAUGUUACCAGCCAGAGCUCUCUACCGAACUGUAUCAAUGCACUGGAGCAUUUCUUCAAAUAUUUUUGUUUGAUGACGAUUUUACUUUGUGAAAUACAAGUUGGCUUUUUUUGUUUUUUGAAUUGGAUGAGAGAGAAACUAUCCCAUUCCUGGCAAGAAUAUAAAAACAAAAAAUACUGCUCUGGGACAGAAGUGUUUGUGAUCCACAAAUACCAUUCGUGUGUGGUUGAUCUAAGUGAGCCUUUUAUGAAAAAUCCUUCAGAUCUGGUAAAAGAUGGGAUCAAAGUGCUAGUUCUGUCUUGCCAUUUGUGUCUCAUGCCAAGUAUUUUGUCAUCCAGUUUUGUAUCAUCUAGCUUUGCCUAAAGAGAAGUAAAUUGUUUCAACAUAGAGAUGUGCAUUCUCUAUUCACACAAUUAUGAAAUCUAAACUAUUCUAAAAUACAAGGUGUAAAAGUAAAAUUUUCCAAGUGAACCAAUUCUUGAUAUUUUCAUAUAGUGGAAAAUAAAUUUGUGCCAAUGGAAGCUAGCAACAAGAAGAACUGUCUUCUACUUUAGAGCAACUGAUUCUUGGGUUUGUCUGUGUGUCUUUCUCCUUUUCAGAGCAGCUUCUGGUGGGUUACAUGUUCUGAGUUGCACAAGAGAACAGCCCAGUGAAGAGGUGGGGCAACAGAACAGCUGUACAGCUGACCAACAUUAUAGUCUCCACAAGGGAUAAGCAACCUGGAACUUUUCAGAUGUUUUGGACUACAUAUGAAGUCUCAUCAGCUAUCAUUGUGGAAAAUAAUAGGGACUUGAUGGGAAUUGCAGUCCAUCCUGAAAUGUGUAGCUUGUCUAUCCCUGAUCUGUCUUUUGGCAAAAGCCUGAAUAGCAUUUGAAAGGUAUUUAAAGGUAUUUCACCUGAAUAGCAUCUGUCAAGUUAUUAAGAUACUUGCUUUGAUUUAAGGAUAGAGAACCAAUAUCGCCACCUCUGUUCCUCUGACUAGAUCGACCUCAUUUGGCCUCAGAGUGGGCUUAAUUCACUAGGUGUGGGAACCUGAUUUGAGGAUUUCAGGGACACAGGGAAGAAGUCUGAAAGCAAUGGAAGCAAGGAAAAUAUAUCCUUCUAAUUCACAGCAGCACCUCCUUUUGUGUAGCUUUAUAAUACAAUCUCAUUUAUGCUGCUGUUGAACAAAGUGAGAGGAAAGAGGCCCCAUGCAUGCAUGCAGAAAUCUGUGAAAUGGCCACUUCCCAAAAUUAGUAAUGUUAUCCUCUGAUUAUUUCUGGCUCCUUUCACUCAAUAGCUUCUUCCAUUGUUACCACUCUCAGAAUAGACUGAGAAGCUAUAUGAAUGUUGAUGUGGGUGUGUUGACAUUUGAUCAAUCUUUUGGACAGCUGAGCUGAUCUUUAAUGGAACACUAAGUGAGCCAGAUUAUUCUCCAGGUAUGCCACCCAGUGGCAGUAACUGAACUAUUCUUUGGGUAGUUACAUGGAAAAAAAACACCUUAGCAAAGAUAGGGCUUACUAGAAAGAAUCCCAGAGUGCAGAGAUAAUAGAAAAUAAAGCUUCCUAGAAGUGCUCCUCCCCAGGUAGGCUAACCAUCUGGACUGAGGAUGAAAUCAUUCCUUGUUUCUGAACACAUACUUGAGUACCAUUUUUGUACAAUUCAGAACUAAGCAUUAAAAAAAAUGCUUUCUAUAAACUGCUGAUAUACAGUAUAUUUCAGUAAAAAUGAGCCAAUCUUUUCAACUUAAAAUUAUUUUCAAGUUUAAAAAAAACAAACUUUGGACUUUUCUUUCUUUUUCCUUUGAGUGCUUACAUUUUUAAAGGCAAAUGGUGUUUGCAUUACCAGUUUUAAAUGAAGCCUGGUAUACGUUCCUAAGAAAAAAGGGAUUACUGUGGAAAAAUUAUUGCACUUAGUAAUUAAUAUUUUACUAUCAUCUUAACUUGCAAACUCAGCUUGUUUCUAAAUACUAAACAGCAUGUUCCAUCACUCUUAGGACAGCACUCUUAGGACAGCAGCACAGGGAACUUGCAUUAAUGGGACUAAAUAAAAACCCUGUCAUUUUAGCAAGCUGCAUUCUGUGUAACCUAAUCUUAUCAACAGUAGACAAAGGUAAAUUCUAACUCCAUUCUUUAAAAAGGGCAGCACAAGAUGCUUUUUAACAGCUGUAGAUUACUGAACUAUGAAAAUAAUUCCUGGUAGCAUUUCUUGAUCUUUUUAUUUGGCCAGUACAGUUGGGGGUUUGUAUGUAUUUGUUGCCCAAGGCUGAUGUAUGACCAAGAAAAGCAAAUGUAUACAUGAAAGCCUGAAUGUUUGGGGGACCACAGAUAGCCCUGAACCCCUGAACUUGUUUUUUUAAUGUUUGCUGUAUAUCAUGUAUAUGAAAUAUGAUUACCUGCUAUCUGAUUUUUAAGAAGUGUGUGUGGGGAGUUUCCAUGUAAGAAUGUAUAUAUCCCAUGAACUAAUGACAUUUUCUGGAUUGAGAUUGUAAUAAAAUAUUGGAAAGUUUUCAUAAA